UCCAUAUCUUGUUACGACACCACAGACUCAAAGAGUGACCUAGGAGAGCUUGAAACGAGAGAGGGCUCGGAGAAGGGAAGAACGCAGGAAAAGAUUUGAAAGCUCAGAUUCCUUGGAGGAACCCUCUGGGGAAGAAAGCUCUCACAUGGAGGUGGACAAGGGACCAGCAUCUUCAGAUGUCAUGGAUGUCCGGCCAAAAUGUUCAUGUUGAAAUUGAGCAGCGGUGGCAGCAGGUGGAAACAACCCCACUGCGAGAGGAAAAGCAGAUACCCAUCUCUCCACUGCCACUGAGCACUUCCAAAAAAUACCCUCCAGAAGAUAUCGCCGUCCUUUUGGAAAAACAGCUGGAACAGAGUCGUAAGGAAGUGUCCGAUCUCCUGGCAGAAAACCUCCUCUUGCAGCAUAGGCUAAAGGAGGCCUUGGAGCAGCACCAUAGUGCCCCUGACGGAUACAUUCUACAGGCCACAUGUGAAAGAGGCUUUGCUGCCAUGGAGGAGACCCACCAAAAGAAGAUUGAGGACCUCCAGAGGCAACACCAUCGAGAGCUGGAGAAGCUGCGAGACGAGAAGGACCGUUUGUUGGAAGAAGAGACUGCGGCCACCAUCUCGGCCAUUGAAGCAAUGAAGAACGCCCACCGCGAGGAGCUUGAGAAAGAGCUGGAGAAAUCUCAGCGCUCCCAAAUCAGCAGCCUCAAUGCGGAUGUGGAUUCUCUGCGGAGGCAGUACCUGGAGGAGCUGCAGUCUGUGCAGAGAGAGCUGGAGGUCCUGUCAGAGCAAUAUUCUCAGAAAUGUCUGGAGAACGCCCACCUUGCUCAGGCGCUGGAGGCAGAACGCCAAGCUUUGCGCCAAUGUCAGCGAGAGAACCAAGAGCUGAAUGCACACAACCAGGAGUUGAAUAACCGCCUGGCCAGUGAGAUAACACGGCUAAGAAACCUGGUAACAGGAGAUGGGGAGGUAUCGCCCCUAACCCAGGGGAAGGACGUUUAUGAACUGGAGGUCCUUCUACGGGUCAAGGAGUCAGAGAUCCAGUACCAAAAACAGGAGAUCAGCUCCUUGAAAGAUGAGCUGCAGACAGCUCUAAGGGAUAAGAAGUACGCCAGCGACAAGUACAAAGACAUCUACACAGAGCUGAGCAAUGUAAAGGCCAAGGCCGAAUGUGACAUCAGCCGGCUGAAGGAGCAGCUGAAAGCAGCCACCGAGAUGCUGGGGGACAAAACCCCCGAGACUGCAUCGGUGUCUGGAUAUGAUAUCAUGAAAUCUAAGAGCAACCCAGAUUUCCUGAAGAAUGACAGGUCCAGCAUUAACAGCAGCAGCUGCGGAAUAUCAGGUCCAAGAGCCUGAAGGAGGGGCUGACGGUCCAGGAGCGCCUCAAAAUCUUCGAAUCCCA